ACAUGCCCUGGCGCCUUCUGUUGUUCCAACAUUGCUGUUUCUCCGUCCAGGUCAAGUGCAUCCGGCUUGCGCUUUCCCAACGUCCGAUCAUCUGUUCAUGCAUCCAUAACAACCCGAUGAACCAGUUUUGUCUCUCUGAUGCCACUCUCAUCUUUAUGCAAUGACCAACCGUUCGGAAUUUUCUGUCUGGAAGCUUCAACCUCACAUCGAACAAGCUCCGCUACUCGACCUCGAAUAUCUCAGAGGCCGUGCCUCAUGGAUCAGAGACGAGCUGGAUCCCGUUGUCGCUCGUGAAGGUCCGGAUACCCUACGGCCGGAUACUGUUGUUGUUCUCUUCAAAUUCUUCGAACAGCUACGCACAUCAUACUUGACUCUCGAAUAUAUUCGCGACUCGCGGAUCCACCUAGCGCUUAUCGACAUCGCGGGCCGCGCUACUCGAUGGCCGGUCAAACUCAUCGAUGAGGCCGAGGAAAUCAUUCUCAAAUUGGAGAAGGAGUGGGGUUCAUUAUCAAGUAUCAAGGUCAAUCUAUACGACGUUGGUGGAAGGCUACAUGGAAUCAGCACUCCCGAGGAUUUACAGAGAGAAGUACUUCUUAUCAAGUGGGCACGCAAAGAGACAGCAUGGGUCAACCCAACCUUUGCUCGACGGAAUGGAGCCCUUGGUUUCAAGCCAGGAGACUGGUGGAUCAACACCAUGUUUGCGUUUCAUGAUGGCAUCAUCGCCAACGUCUCAUCAGACAGUUGCGUCACUACAUGCUUUCAACAAGCGUAUGCUCUACUUCUGGCAGAUGGCGACGAGCUUGAAUGUGAUGAUCCGGCUCACUUUACUUACCGAUCAACAUCCGGAGAUGCUAGAAGAUAUCGCCUAUGCGCUGGAACGCUUGCCUCGAGACAACCUGUUCGUGUAUUGAGAAGCCACACCCUGCGAAGUUUCUUUGCUCCACGGGCGGGUGUGAGAUACGACGGAAUGUACAAGGUAUCCGGCUGGCGAAUCAUUCAGGACCCGAAGACCAAGGCAGUCCACUACCACAUCAGAUUCGACCGUCUACCUUCAGAGCCACCGAUUGGCCCCGUUUUGGAACACCCGACGGCUGAGGAGAUUGAUGACUACCGCGAAUAUAAACGCAAUCGAAAAGAUAUCCGCAAAACCCGCAACUACCUGCGCCACGGCCUACGCUUCGGCACACCAAAUCCUGGCUCCUGCUCCACACACGAUGAGGUGUCAAUAUUAGAUAAACCUAACAGUGCUGAGACUACACCGACCAUCAAGAAACCCACUCCACGAAGAAAACCCAGCACAUUAUACAUUCACCCGGAAGUUGUGGAAUCUCCACCCAAACAAGACACACCAGCAAAUCCCGAUGAUAAUCCCUUCUUCUCUAGCGCAACUCCUGACGACAAUCCAUUCUUUUCUGGUGCCUUGGACUCUCAAACAGGGCUGGGCAAGAUCAACACAAUACGACCUGAUGUAAUCAACUACGCCCCUGUACUUGAUGCCGCUUCUGCUGCUGGUGCAGCCAUUGAUCCAUUCUUUGCAGGGGCUUUGCAAGAGCACGCAGCGAAAAGAGCGGCAGCCUUUAGACUGGGACCUGCUCCUUUGGCAUCACCCACUCUCUCAAAACCAAGGACUCUUGGUCUUGGCGGCAGAAAGCCGAUGAUCGGUUUCGUUAGCAUGAUUCACGAAUCAGAUGAGGGCAAAACCUCACAAGAUAUGGAAAGACGAGAUUCUCAAAGUCCAACAUUGCUCGCGCGACGCAGCAAGAAUUGAGAGCUGAAAGCUGAGAAUUGGAAUUCAUUGCAUUGCAUACCUAUAUAUUUGUUUUGUGGCAGCCGGCGUUAUUAUACCCUAGAUACUGAGUUUUACCUAAGCAUGCAUUUUUCUUCU